AUGGGCUACAAGAGUAAUUACAAGAGUAGUGUGAAUAUGAUCUUUAACUUUAUAAAAGUGUAUGAUGUCAUUAAUAAUAAUGUCAAGAACUUACAACUUGAAAUCUGGAACAUCUUAUCUGAUGAAAUCAAGCAAUGCCUUACUGAUUCUCAGUACUAUCUCUUGUAUAAAUUUACUGAGCUUAGAGAGCAUAUUGACAGAUUUGAUGAUAAAGGUGUGUAUUUGAAUGAAUUGAAUGAUAUUUGA